AUGAAACUUCAUGGAAAAUCUUUAAGUGAUGAGGAAGUGCUAGACAUUUCUCUGCGGGAAGAAAACAUGCUCAGACUUCGAUCUCAUACUGCUCUGUGCCUUCUGGGAGAAAGUGAAGAACAGAGACACCAGCAGCAAAAGGAGGCUAUCGUGACACAGCAACAAAGCCCAGCAGAGAAUUGUCUGUUGUUGGAGGAGUGCAAAGACUUUGAAAUAUUUUACUCAUUUACUGGUAUCCUUGGAAACAGUCCACCCUUAACAUCUCACUGGGAGCAGUGGGACACAUAUUGUGAGGAUCUGACCAAGGACACAAAGCUAACUAGUUUUGAAAUAUGGGGAACAAAAGAGGUGGAUUAUCUUCGUCUUGAUGACUUUUCAAGUCCCUAUCAGGAUGAAGAAGUUAUCAGUAAAACCCCCACUCUUGCUCAGCUAAACAGUGAGGAGCUUUGUGAAGACCUAUUUGAAAGAGUCCCCAUACCUGUGCAAAAGGCUUUGAGUGGUGCUGAAAUGAACAUGGAUGAAAUUGAUCAGGUGAUCAUAGUGGGUGGAGCCACUCAUGUACCUAAAGUUCAAGAAUGGCUUCUUAAAGCAGUGGGCAAGGAGGAAUUGGGAAAGAACAUAAAUGCAGAUGAAGCAGCAGCUAUGGGGGCUGUAUAUCAAGCAGCUGCUCUUAGCAAGGCAUUCAAAGUUAAGCCAUUUGUAGUUCGAGAUGCAGCCAAGGAAAAUACUUGUUUUUGUGGUGCUGUAGCCAAAAAACAGGAAAGAACAAUUGAAGAGCCCUCCAUAGGCCGAAGAAGCUGUGCCAUUUUGCCUUUCAUAAAGACUCAAAAGCUUUUCUGUCCUCAGCAGAAUGUGGCCAUAAUUGGAAGUGUGAGAAGCCCAGCCAUGGAAGUGGACUGUUACAGCCCCGAACACUCAGAUGACGGUGGUGCAACCCCAGUUCAAGAUGAGCAUGACUCUGAUGAUGAGGGAAAUAACAGACAACAUGGAUCAGAUGUUGAAAGUCCAGUGCAUUGA